AUGGCUGAGGGUGACAAGAAGUCUGUUAAUUCAAGAAAGAGACCGUCCUCUGCGGUCACAGGAAUAACGAAAUCUAUCUCUGCAUGCAAGAGAUGUCGCUUGAAGAAGAUAAGAUGUGAUCAAGAGUUCCCUAGCUGUGUCAAAUGCGCCAAGGCAGGCGAACCAUGCGUUUCUCUGGAUCCUGCUACUGGAAGAGAUGUUCCUCGGUCUUAUGUGAUAUUUCUGGAAGAUAGACUUACAGCAAUGAUGAAGAAGCUGAAAGAAUGUGGAGUCGAUCCUACUCAAGUCCAAGGAAACAUGCCCGCGACGAGCAGUGACAAUCCAAUUAACCUCGAUCUUUACGAAGAGACAUUACGGCAGGAGCAUGAAAUGCCGCACGAUAAUGUAUUCGCAGCAUACCUGAUCAAUAAGGCAACCUCCAUGCAGAGAGGCGUGAGUGCUUCGUCGGAUGUGGUGGGAGAAAGACCCAAAUCAGAUGUAACGAUAGAUGCCCCUUCGUCUGAAGGGCUUGUUCAUCAGCUUAAUGAACUUGAUGAGCCCGAUAAAAGUGUCGCUGCACUGGGAGCGAUGAAGAGUAACGCCUCAAACUCAUACCUUGGAGACUCUUCUGGUAUUCCGUUUGCAAAGCUUGUUUUUACGGCAGUGAAUUUCAGACCUGACCUAGUUGGAGACGAUAGUGAUGAGGAGAUCAAGCAGAGAAAUGGGAGAUAUGCCGAGUAUAAUGCAUCUGAAUCCUCAGGAAAUUUCGAUCCCGUUUGGUUGCCUUCACGCAACGCCGCUGAGACUUUGAUUUCUCGCUAUUUCGUCGAGAGCAACUCGCAGUUACCAGUAUUACAUCGAGAGUAUUUUCUAAAGAAAUAUUAUGAACCUAUCUACGGGCCUUGGGAUCCAGAUCUAUCGAUUGCCUCUGAUCAUACCAAGAUCAACACUUCGUUUAAGCUUCCCAAGAGAACCUCUGAAGAUUGUCCAGCUAAUAAUGGCAAGCAUAUUGAUGAACAAGCAGGUGAGCACCGUCCAUGGUAUGAUGUCCUGAACAAUUCAGAAAAAGUUGCAGAUUCAAAGGUAGAAGUUCUUGAAGAGUAUUGCCUGCCGUACUUUUUCCUGAACAUGGUAUUUGCCAUUGGAGAGUCUGUGACAGUUCUGCAAUCGGAUAUACAUGACGUCGUCACUUUCAAGAGAAGAGCGAUGCAUUUUUCGAAAGCACUUUACGGCUCCCCAGAUCGGAUGGAAGUACUUGCCGGUACCAUAUUGAUUGCAAUUUAUUCCUUGAUGAGACCUAAUGUGCCGGGAGUUUGGUAUACAAUGGGCUCAGUGUUGAGAUUAACUGUCGACUUAGGUCUUCAUGCCGAGAAGCUAAACAAAAAUUAUGACCCCUUCACCAGAGAGUUGCGAAGAAGGCUUUUCUGGUGCGUCUAUUCUCUGGAUAGGCAGAUAUGCAUAUAUUUUGGUCGCCCUUUUGGAAUACCGGAGGAAAAUGUCACUGCGCAGUAUCCAAGUGUCCUUGAUGAUGCCUUGAUAACCACUUCCAACGACGAUAUUAGUGACUAUUCCAAGGUGAAGACGUCAAUAUCAACGCCCAAAGUUAUUGCGCUAGCGAUGUUUAAAAUACGAAGAAUUCAAGCCAGUAUUGUUCAAGUUUUAUAUGCGCAGCAUGGAGAAGUCCCAAGAAGGUUUGCUGACUUAGAAUUCUGGAGGUCUUACAUGCACGAGAUAAUAGACAAAUGGUUUGAAAGAGAGGUUCCAAGAACUCACAAGAAGAUGAAUUGCAAGUUUACUACGGAAUUCUUCAGUUUGAACUACUUCGUUACAAAGUGCAUGCUUUAUGGACUUUCACCGAAAAACCUAGCUUUAAGUGACAGAGACUUUGAGAUUGUCUAUGACGCUACGAAGGGAACUAUUGAGACGUAUGACAUACUCUGUACCAAACAAAAGAUCAAUUAUACGUGGGUAGCUGUCCAUAACAUAUUCAUGGCAGGUAUGACGUAUCUCUACGUCGUCUAUUACUCUGAUAAGGGAUUACGGGAGGGCCGACAAGCUGUAAAACUGCGAACUACAGCCAUCUUGAAGGUUCUCAAGGAAUUAAUUGGCUCCUGUGAAGCGGCCAAAAGCUGUUUCAUCAUCUACAAGGUGUUAUCGUCCGCCGUAAUAAAACUUAAGUUCAAUGGAAAUCAGCAGCGCUCAGGCGAAACACAGUCUCGGGAGCAAAACUUACCACUCAUUGAUUCAAAUGCGACCAAGCCGGAGCCUGCAGCUAGGUUUUUCUCAGACAGGGCCACGAGAAACUUAAAUAUCAAGGAAGAACCGCUAAAUUUUGAUAAUUCACUGGACCAAUUCUUUAACGAAUUGGAGAAGGUGGCUUCAGCUUCUGAAAAUGAAUCAAGUGUAGGCCAAUUAUCGAAUGUUAACUCACCAAAUAUAGGUGAUCGUCAGGAUAGGACCGAUAAACAGAAUGACAGUUCUUUUACGGCAAAAGACGGACAACGUUUGAUAGAUAUGAUAUCUCAAGUGACUACCGAGUCUAUAUGGGACGAAUUGUUUGGCAAGAGCAUGAACAAUGAAGCUUUUGCAAGUACUGACUAG